CACGACUUCUUCGACCUAUCAUCGAUUCAAUGCGACGCUUGAUCUACCUGAAGGUUUUCGAGUGAAAUCCGCUGUGUUGCUCUACGCACAAUCUUCUCAAUACCAUGUGGGAGAAUAAAGACUGAGCAGCUUCAACAUACUUGCUUCUGUGCCACUCUUCGCUGUUACAUCUCAUCUCUUUUCUCCACAAAGCCCUUGUCUUGCUUGCCACUUUUCAAACGGACGAGACCCCUCGAGUGUUGCCCAUCUCUUUCCUCCUUCACUCAGCCAUGGCCUACACAUCUACGUUCUUAGUGUCAAACAUCCACUGCCCAUCCUGCGUGUCCUAUGUUCAAGAUACACUCCGUGGAAUCCCUGGAAUCCAGUCCAUCCAAGUCUCACUCAUUGACCAGGUCAUCCGUGUCAAGCAUGCACAAGAUUCGACCCGAGAAGUCAUUGUUGGUGAACUAAUCAAGGCAGCUUUCGAAGUCCAGCAUGUCACAACCAUCCGACCUGACGGUGUUCAGUCUCACGACUCCGAUGUGUCACCAACCCCCGCAAAUGCCCGCCUUUCACGCUCCCGCUGGCUCAUGUCUCGUGCCCAGCGCAAGCACAUUGAAAACUGCAAGGCAUGUCAACGCGAAAAAGGCCACACAUCAAGACCAAAACUGUCAUGGUCUUCUCUCAUGCGACUGCGCCGCCGACAAGCCCUUCCGAGACAGACACCUACCGACGAGGAGGCGGCCGUUUCAGGCGACACACUGGCCGAAGACAAGCUUUCAAACAAAGAUGUCGACGGCGCAGGAAAAGAGAGUGCAUCUUCGCACUAUGUUGCAACCGUAUCGAUUGGCGGAAUGACCUGCGCAUCUUGCACAAGUGCAAUCACAAAAGGGCUCGACAAUUUAGAUUUUGUGGAUUCGACAAAUGUUAAUCUGAUGACGAACAAUGCAAGAGUGGUUUAUCAAGGUCCCAAAAGCAACUCGGAUAAACUCGUUGAAGCGAUUGAAGAUUUGGGCUACGAAGCCAUCGUUGAUGACAUUCGUGCAUCUGAAGGUGGUGACGAGGAUCAUAAGGUCACGCUCAGUAUUGAGGGGAUGACCUGUGGAAGUUGUGUUGGCACGAUCACCCGAGGCCUCGAGGAGCUGCCUUUCAUCCAAGACGUCAGUAUUGACCUUGUCGGGAAUCGCGGCCUUGUGACGUUCCGCGGAAAACAGCACCUCGAAGCAAUCCUGGAGAAGAUUGACGAUCUGGGAUAUGAUGCGACUGUCGUCAAAUUGGAGAGCACCGCCAAAUCAACCCAGGCCCCGCAAGAAGAACGGACGGUGCAACUCAGGAUCGACGGCAUGUACUGUGAACAUUGUCCCGAAAAUGUCAGAACCGCUAUCCAAUCUGCAUUGUCAACUGUUAGCGGGUCGAUGUAUACCAUAACUCAACUACCCACUUUGAAAGAUCCUAUUAUUACCAUCACCUACCGCCCCUCUCAUCAACUCACGGUACGCAGCUUCAUCGCCGCCAUCGAUGCUUCCCAUGAUGCUUUGAAGGCAAGUGUAUAUCAUCCGCCAACGCUAGAAGAGCGGUCACGACGACUACAGCGGAAAGAGAUGAAGCAUAUUCUAUGGCGACUGCUGUUCACGGGCAUAGUUGCUAUCCCGACUUUCAUCAUCGGGGUCGUGUACAUGAGCUUGGUUCCUGAAUCCAAUCCAACGAGGCAAUGGUGGGAACAACCCAUCCUGGCUGGUCAGGCAAUGCGGAUAGAGUGGGCACUCUUCUUCAUGACCACACCGGUCAUGUGUUUCGGCACAGAUCUCUUCCACGUCCGCGCAUACAAGGAGAUCAAGGCGAUGUGGAGGCCAAACAGCAAAAUACCUCUGCUGCGUCGGUUUUACCGCUUUGGCAGCAUGAAUCUGUUGAUUAGUGCUGGUGCUGCGGUGGCGUAUUUCUCGUCGUUGGCUGUCCUGAUCAUGGAUGCUACAACUGACUCGACUGAUAUGAGACAUCAUCGUGCGUCGGAUACCUACUUCGACACCGUCACAUUCCUCACUUUCUUCAUCCUCAUCGGUCGCUUCUUGGAGGCCUACAGCAAGACCAAGACCGGUGACGCUGUAGCGAUGCUCAGCAACCUCAGGCCUUCGACUGCGGUUCUUGUCAAAGAUGAUGGAAAUGGCAAAGCGUCUAGCAGCACCGAAACAAUCCCCGUCGAUCAACUAGAGACAGGCGACCUCGUUCAAAUCCCUCACGGCACGUCUCCGCCAACCGACGGCGUCAUUGAAAAUCAAGGCACAUUUCUGUUCGAUGAGAGCUCCCUCACAGGAGAAUCGAAGCCAGUCACGAAGACUUAUGGCGACGAAGUCUUUACAGGAUCUGUGAACGUGUCGGAUCCUGUGCGGAUCAGAGUAACUGGCGUUGGUGGAACAUCAAUGCUGGACCGGAUUGUUGGUGUUGUUCGUGAAGGCCAGGCGAAAAGAGCUCCCAUCGAACGCAUUGCAGACGUUCUCACCGGGUACUUCGUCCCGGUAAUCACUCUCAUUGCCAUCACAACUUGGGUAAUCUGGAUGGGUUUGGGCUUAUCCGGAACCCUCCCUCAAGCAUGGCUCGACGUGAGCCGGGGAGGGUGGCCUUUCUGGUCUCUUGAAUUCGCCAUCGCCGUCUUCGUGGUCGCCUGUCCAUGUGGCAUUGGUCUCGCUGCACCUACUGCACUCUUCGUUGGCGGUGGGUUGGCUGCAAAACAUGGUAUCCUUGUCCAAGGAGGUGGCGAGGCAUUUCAGGAGGCCUCGAAACUGGACACUAUUGUCUUCGACAAGACCGGUACAUUGACUGAGGGUCAAAUGCGAGUGACCGACUUCGAAUUGAUCCAGAGCAGUGAGGGCAGUGAUACGACACUUAACGAUAGCAUCAUCAUUGCGUCGUCUCGCAUGCUGGAGGACUCAAGUACGCAUCCGAUCGCAAAAGCCAUUGCAAGCUACUGCAUGGAGAAUUCGACAGAUGUUUCCAUUGAGCAGGAAGAGAUCAAAGAGGUGCCCGGGCAAGGAAUGACCGGUAGAUUUCUGGUCAAAGGCGAUUCCUCCACAUCGCGCUAUGAAAUUGCCCUUGGGAACGAGAGACUUCUACAGAGCAUUUGCCCAACCGAGGGUCCAGAGUUGGGUACCUCUGCGAAUAAGGACGAGGCGGCUGUAACCGUCAAGGGAGAGGAUUUCUACCUCAGUCCAAUCCUGAGGAGGCACCAAUCCCUGGGUCAUUCAACGGCCAUAUUUGCUUUCCGAAAGGUACCAGAAAAUGCCGAGAAAGCCAAGUCAUUGUCAUCGUAUCGGGCGUUGGCCGUCUUUGCCAUUGCAGACCCGAUCCGCUCUGAGGCACCCCAAGUACUCGAAUCUAUACGCCGCGCAGGACUCGACAUUCACAUGUGUACGGGAGACAAUCAAACUACAGCCUUGGCCAUCGCUUCCCAACUUGGAAUCCCAGCCAGUAACGUUCGUGCAGGUGUUCUUCCACAAGAUAAAGCCAGUUACAUCCGCGAGCUGCAGGGGUUGUCCUCGGGCAAACCCUCGGGCCCACACGGCAGCCGCAAGGUCAUUGCGUUUGUGGGGGACGGCACGAAUGACACCCCUGCGCUCUCAGCCGCUGAUGUCUCCAUUGCACUCUCUUCCGGCUCUGACGUUGCAAUGACCACUUCAUCGUUCAUCCUGCUCAAUUCUGAUCUCAAGACUAUCCUCUCGCUGGUCAGACUGGCUAAACGUGUGUUCUUACGGGUCAAGUUGAACUUUGCCUGGGCAGCAGUGUACAAUCUGUGCUUGGUCCCCGUCGCUGCCGGGGUGUUCUUUCCCAUUGGAGCGAACGAGCACCAUGCUGGUUGGAGAUUGAACCCGGUUUGGGCGAGUAUGGCAAUGGCGGCGAGUAGUGUCAGCGUUGUGAUGAGCAGUCUGGCACUGAGGUUGCCGGAGUUGGAGAUCAAGAGGUGGAGGCGGAAGAGGUGAUUGAAUUGACUGGUCAGGGAGUUGGGAUGUGCGCAACAGUGGCGAGGAUAGAUGUAUAGAUACGUGUGUGUCUGAAUUGGUGGCUACAUAGGUAAACUAUUCACGGUGAAGACUGCCGUGGAGAAUUCCAACAACCAUUGAAGAUUCAUA